AUGGAUUCAAGAGGUUUACUUCAGCCUUACGCCCUCGAGUCUCGUAAGCACCGGCUAGUUGCAAAUUACCGUAAGCGUUUCACCCAAUCCCAGGAACAGAAGAAUAAUAGGCAGAAAAAGAAAAAGAAAAAUGCUAUUCCCCUCUUGAGAGCGCGAAUUGUGCGUACGGCUACACGGUUGGGUGGGAUAACGUUAGCCGGGAUAAUACAGGCUCCGCGGCGCCAAGCCCCUUUUGCGAGAUUCAGCCCUCGAGCUCCUCGCUCCACCAAAAAGGACAAGGUGGAGCCGAGCAUGUUCUUGUUCCUUGUCCAUCGUGAUUAUGCCGCCCAAGAAAGGAUCGAACCGAGGAGGGAAAAGUGCGCAUCGUGGCGAGGACACGGAAGAGGGGGAUUCAGGGCUAAAGUAUAUGACGAGACACGGCCCGCGUCGGCAGUUGAUCGGGACGAGCUUGGUUUGGGUCUAGAUGACAAGUCCGAAACGCACUCUGACAAGGAUGAAGCUGAAGCUCGUAUCCCAGUCCCCGUUGCGAUGUGGGUACGUCUCCCCAACUUCAAACGUCCCUCAUACACCUUCCCAAGCGAACCUCAUGUUUCUAGGACUUUGAUCACUGCGAUCCUAAACGAUGUAGCGGCAAAAAGCUCGCUCGUCUCGGCCUCAUUGCAGAUUUACGUGUUGGUCAACGGUUCAGAGGCGGGGGUGGCGGUGGUCGAAUGUAGUUGGGCUCGAUUGGAUGACGUCCCAUUUGGAAAGAUUCGAUCACCCAACGAACGGUUGUUACCGUACUUGAUUGCAACCAAUCCAGUGAAUUACGGGAAGCCGUGGCGAUUGAACUGUGUCGAAGCGUUGGCGGCAGCGUUUUACAUCGUCGGGUUGGGCGAAUAUGCUGAAAUCUUGCUGAGCAAGUUUUCUUGGGGACAUUCGUUUUGGAAGGUUAAUGGUGGCUUGCUUAAGCGUUACCAAGUGUGCAAGGAUGCUGCAGAAGUCCAGGCCGUGCAAAAACUUAUAGUUGCUGAGUUAGAGGAAGACUAUGAAAGAAGGCGUGCAGAAGGACAAGCAGAAAAUGAUGAUUUGCUCGUUGCUAACCCGAACCAUUCAAAUACGAUUUGGGGUACUCAAAGCGAAGAGGAAGAUUCGGGCAGUGAAGACCAGGACGGCUCCAACGAAUCGGAGGCCGAUGCGAAGAAUGAAUUAGGCGGCGAUGUAACGAAUAAAUUGGAAAAAUUAGAAGUAAGGUAA